AUGUUAGAACAAGAAAAUAUUUCAAACAGCUCAUCUGAAAAUGAAUUUUCUAAUAUAGGAACUUUAGAAAAUAUUAAAUUAAAGAAAGAAGAGAAGUUUUGGUGGUAUCAUGAUAACGAGAAUAUGAAUUAUCAAAGAUCUUUAAUAUUUAUUGAUAAUAAAGAACAUAUAGUAGAUUAUUUACAA